AAAUAACACCAGAAACUACAGCUAAAAGGCUGGUUCCUAUCCUCAGGGCACGGGGCCCAUGGCUGGUAUUGGCUGGUGGGAAUAGCCUACUAUGAGUCUUUGGUCCCUCCCAAACAGCUAGUUCUGUCCCAGGGGGAGGGGUGAGAGUGUGGAUUCCAGUUCCCAACCUCAUCCCCUCAAACCUCAUUCCGUACAGCAGGUGUGUCUCACCUGGCCUGUUAUGUGGGUCAUAUAUGAUGAUGCCUGCCAUCUUGUAGCUGGAAAAACAGAUAAGGAAAUAUACUCACAUGCUGGGUUUUUCAGACACUCGAAGGACCCAGAAGGACUUUGAGCCAUCUUAUUAGGACUUUCCAACCUCCACCUGAUGUCACCUGAUCCUCAUUAGAGGCCUGGAAGAGUGUCCACACAUCUGCCUGCUCCGGCCAGGGUUAGCUCCAGUACAGGCCAGGGUUAGCUCCAGGACAGGCCAGGCCAGGGUUAGCUCCAGGACAGGCCAGGCCAGGGUUAGCUCCAGGACAGGCCAGUGUUAGCUCCAGGACAGGCCAGGGUUAGCUCCAGGACAGGCCAGGGUUAGCUCCAGGACAGGCCAGGCCAGGGUUAGCUCCAGGACAGGCCAGACCAGGGUUAGCUCCAGGACAGGCCAGGCCAGGGUUAGCUCCAGGACAGGCCAGUGUUAGCUCCAGGACAGGCCAGUGUUAGCUCCAAGACAGGCCAGGGUUAGCUCCAGGACAGGCCAGGCCAGGGUUAGCUCAAGGACAGGCCAGACCAGUGAUAGCUCCAGGACAAGCCAGUGUUAGCUCCAGGACAGGCCAGGGUUAGCUCCAGGACAGGCCAGGGUUAGGUCUAAGACAGGCCAGGGUUAGCUUCAGGACAGGCCAGGGUUAUCUCUAAGACAGGUCAGGGGUCAGCACUCCUUUAUUCACUGACCACCCUUGCAGUGGAGAGGAAAACUGACCUUUUUUCACUGGACAACAUCCUAAUCCCAAGACACACUGAAAGCCCCAUGGAAAAGCAAAAAGUCAACAAUCUACUGAAGCCCAGCCUCGGCACAGUUCAGAUAACCUAUGGACUGACAACUGUAAACCUUAACAUGGGCGGAGGAUAUCUGUGUCUCAGUCUUUCAUCCUGAGGAACCAAGUUGAAGCCGUAAGCAGAUCAGUCUCUAGACUGAAAGGGAUCAGGGAGAGAGAAAAAGGGGGAAUCAGGGGAGUCCAAGGCAGUGUGUGUGAGCCAUGCAAGGGUGUGUGUGCCAGCUCCUGCUGGUGAACGCACUAGCAUAUGGGCUGGAGAUGUGCAUGGCUGCAGGGACCAUCUGCAUCCCUCCUCUACUGCUGCAUGUGGGCGUGGAGGAAAGCUACAUGACCAUGGUGCUGGGAGUGGGCCCUGUUAUGGCCCUGAUCUUUGUGCCUAUGAUUGGGUCAGCAAGUGACUCAUGGCGUGGGCGCUUUGGUCGUCGACGCCCAUUCAUCUGGCUGCUGAGUGUGGGAUUUCUGUUGGGCUUGCAGAUCAUGCUCCAGGCCUCACGCCUGGCUGCUCUGUUCUCCCCACAGAAGCCCCACUGGUUGAAGGCACUGCUUCAAGCUGGGGGUGUGUGUCUGCUGGAAUUCUGUGGACAGGCCUGCUUCACGCCACUGGUGGCUCUGCUGUCAGACCUGUUUCCUGGAGAAGAGGAGAGCAGGAGAGCCUUCUCAGUCUACUCCCUCAUGAUCAGCCUGGGGGGCUGCUUCGGAUACCUGCUCCCAGUGAUGGACUGGAGCCACUCCUCCAUAGCAGUGUACCUGGGGGGCCAGGAGGCCUUCAUCUACACCUUGCUCUCCCUCAUCUUCCUCAUCUGCCUUCUCAGUACAGCCUUCAUCUCGGAGGAAAAAUGGACAGGGGGGGGAGGGAAGACAACCAGUAGGACUGCAGGGCUCAGCCCCACCUUGAAACCUUCCCCCUGGAGGAACCGCUGCUGUGCCCCCUUCCCGACACCCUGGCUCCCAUGUUUGUGCCUGGCACUGGGCCGCUGGUUGUUGAUGUGUGUUGUGGCAUUGCCGCGGGCGUAUGGUGUGUGUGCACGUGUUCCGGCAGUCAUGCAGAGGCUGUUUGUGGCAGAGCUUUGUAGUUGGAUGGCCCUAAUGAGUUUCAUGCUCUUCUAUGCUGACUUCAUGGGGGAGGGGCUGUAUAAGGGUGUGGCCCAUGCCCCACAAGGCAGUCAGGACAGACUUCUCUACGAUGAAGGUGUGCGUGUAGCCAGUUUGGGUCUGUUCCUACAAUGCGUGACCUCUGCGAUCUGCUCCCUGCUUAUCGAGCGCUGGGUGGUGUUGCUAGGUGCCAGGGCUGUGUACUUCAGCAGUGUAGUUCUGCUGGCCUUAGCCACCGCCGUGAUGAGUCUGUCAGAGAGCGUGUUGAUUGUCACUGCCUUGGCGGCCGCAACUGGAUACACGUUCUGCGUGCUGCAAAUCCUGCCCUACAUGCUACUCUGUCUCUACCACUCCGAUAGACACGUGAGAGCACACACACACACAAGCACACACACACAGUCCUUGUUUGAGAGGUUACCACAGCAUAUACAUUUCACCCACCACUUUCACUUUCAGGUUUACUUCUCCAGCUCCAAACUCAAACUGGCCUACCCUCGAGGAAGUGAUUAUCCUUCCUACUCCAAACCUCUCCUCCCCCCUGACUUAGCCAGUCUCCAUGGCAACAGCCACCCAGGGGGAGUCACUCUACCUGGGGCAUCUGGCUCUCUAACACCACUCUCCUGCCAAGUGCCCCUGCAGUUGGAGAGGGACAGAGGUGAGGGAGACCCUGCAAACAUGUCCCAGAGAGGGAUGUGCUUAGACGUGGCUAUCCUGGACAGUGCCUACCUUCUCUCCCAGGUGCUGCCUGCGCUGUGUCUGGGCACUCUAGUUCAGCAGGCGGGCAGUGUGAGAGCCUACAUGGUGUCUGCCUGCUCUCUCAGCCUCCUGGCCCUGCUCUGCUCCACCCGGGUCACCUUCCAACUCAGUGACCUCCAAUGUUAACAAAGUACACAGUUACAGGAUAGUGGUCACAGGAACAGCCUUGGCUCCUGGACAACCAAAGAGGUGACAGAGUAGAAGAGAUGCACUUCGAAUGGUGGGUCAUUGACCACAUGGAGAGGAUGGUUGUAAAAAGUACUGAGUUUAGACUUGGGAAAACAUUUUGAGAGGUGAAUACACUGAAGUUGACGAUAUCUUCACAAAGAGAAAACAACAUUCAGUAUUGUUAACUGCUACAUAUUUUGAACAAUGCUUGUGUUUUUAUGGAAGCUUAUGUUUGUCUAUUUAUUAAUGUGUUUACUACCGGUAGAAGAGGUCUCUUAUGAAUGUCAUAAUCAUGUAUGUGUGUGUGUUUUUUGCAGCUGUGCACAGUUGCAAAAUUACAGAGGAAGGUGUUUGUAACAUGCCACCUUAAAGUGUUUUCGAUUGGGUUUUGGGGAAUAUUAAGGUCCUAUUGUCAGUAAAGUACAUGCUCAUU